AAACUGACAACCUGUCAAAAUAAAAUCGCCUUCGUUGUGUCAUGGUUUUGUUGAAAUCUCAAUUUGUAAUUCGCAUCUAAACGUAAUUUCGUUAAUUUCGCCAUUAAACAAAAGAGUGAUAAAAUAAAAGUUCAUUAAUUAUUUAUUAAGUGGUUUUAGUAAAGGACUUUUGAGUAAACGAAAAGAAUUUGCAACAGUCGCCAUGAACCCGAUGUCAAUGGACAGAGAUGAACCUUCUUCGUUGUUAUCUUUUUCGACGAACCAUCCUUUGGAACAGUUUGUGUUGUUGGCGAAGGGAGCCAAGGGAUCAGCAUGUGCGGAGCUUAUCAAACAGGUGUUAGAAGCACCAGGCGUCCACGUAUUUGGAGAGCUUCUUGAAAUGCCGAAUAUCAAAGAGUUGGAAACUGGACCAUACGCCACUCAUCUGAAGACUCUAAAUCUAUUUGCUUAUGGCACAUAUAAAGACUACUUGGAGAAUAAGUCUGAAUAUUUGGAGCUGACUCCAGCUCAGUGUAAGAAAUUGCAACACUUGACCAUUGCUACGCUGGCAACACAGGAGAAAUGCAUCCCUUAUAGCGUGUUACUCAAAGAAUUAGAUAUUAAAAAUGUGAGAGAUUUGGAGGAUCUUAUUAUAGAAGCUAUUUACGCAGAUAUAAUCCAUGGCAAGUUAGAUCAGGAAUGUAAACGAGUGGAAGUCGAUGUCGCGUUAGGUCGAGAUGCUCGCCUUGAGGAUGCGUCUUCCAUUGCCGAUGUUCUUGCAGACUGGUGUAAUGCUUGCGAAGCUGUUCUCAAUUCUGUUGACAGACAUAUACAGAGAGCCAAUCACCAUAAACAAAGAGCUAUUAGACAUCAACAAAAUAUUGAUCAGGAGAUUCAGUACAUUAAAAAAACGUUGAAAUCGCAAGUAGAAAACGACGAGUCUGCUGCUGGUGGUGGUAGUGAGACCCAUUCCGCGCCGAAGAAGAAUUCUGGCAAAGGCAAGACUCCUCGCAAUGCCGCCAAGUUCUGGCAGAAAAACACAUAACUACUGUCCACCUCCAAUCAUAGAUAUUUAAAAAUAAAUCUGUAAUUUUUGUGAUACUGAUAAUAAACUUUUUAAUGGCCGAAAUUAAUAACCACUCUUAAUUCAAAAUGGAUUAUUAAGUUUUUAACAAAAAGUCCUUAUAACUUAUGUGAAAAAUUUGUUUUAUAAUCUAGAUUUUUUGUUUUGUGAUUGGUUAUCAAUUUCGGCCGUAAGUAUGCUCUCAAUAUC